AUGAACAGUCAACAUGAUCUACCCAUACAAAGAAGACUUGGACAGGAGGUAUCAUUGUACUGUCCAACCGAUGCACUAAAGCAAGUUGGACCUUGAUGGAGAGGAUGUAGCAGGAGGUAUAAAGUUUCGGAUUUCUUUCAUAUGUUCAGGAAACCCCAGAAAUUCCAGUUUCCUCUUUACGCAGAUGUGUUCUUCAUUCUUCCUUCCCUGUUGUCAUUAUACACCAAGCAUUCGAGAAGGGAACAGCCUGGUUUCUUCGCCUGAUUUGUCACAGAAUGACGAUGCUUAAGUCGCAGGAAGUUUGUUCAGCAUCGAGGCUGAAUAGGGCUCGAAUAGAAGGAUCCCAAGAGGUAGCUGCGAUGCAUUCCAGUAGCCUACUGCCAUUGCACCAAGAAGAUGGAAGGGCGGGUGUUGAAGACUACCGUAAUUGAACCCGCCAGAGAAUUUCUGCUGUUGGAGGAGAAAUGCGCGGAUAAGUUCUUGAAAUAGGCGAUAAAGAUGACCAAGAUCCCCACCCAUGAUGGUAUGUGUGAAACGAGGGUAGAGGGUAGAGGGUCUUUAAAUUUUCUUCAGGCAAGAUAACCAUGGUUUGUAGGGUGGGCACACAUACGCAUGAAGUAUGAAUCUGCAGGGUAUCUUGGUAUGCUUUUGGCAUCUAUUUCUUGUUUGGAGCUAUCCAAAAAGACAUGGCCGCAAACUUGUCGAUCCAAAAAAGUUAGCAAUCAUCAUCAUCCCCCUGUAGAGCCUUCACCACCGUGCUCAUGGAUGGCCUCCUGUCCUUCUCCACUUCGAGACACAUUAGGAUUACCUUCACCACUCUUCGAAGUUGCUCUUCGUUAACAUCUCCAGCCAGCGAGGUAUCCACGAUGCCCAUCUCGUCUCCUUGUCUGAGCUUGGACUGUGCCCACUGAAUCAAGUUGUGCACGUCUUCAUGGAAAUCUGCCGCGCUCUUGCCAGUCACCAGCUCCAGCAGGACGACCCCAUAGCUAAACACGUCCGCCUUCGCAGUGAUCUCCUGGUUUAUCAUCCAUUCCGGCGCCAGAUAACCCCUCGUUCCUCUCACCGUGGAGAAUCUGUAUUUGAGGUUGUUCUUCUCGAUGAGCUUGGACAUGCCGAAGUCCCCCACCUUUGGGCGGAAAUUCUCGUCCAGGAGUAUGUUCUGAGGCUUGAUGUCGCAGUGAAGGAUCCACUCGAGGCACUCCUCAUGGAGAUAACAGAGCCCCUUGGCCGUUCCCAUGGCGAUGUCAAAUCUCUUCUUCCAUCCCAAGGACGCAGCGUACCUUGAGAAUAGGAUCUUAUCCACAGAGCCAUUCUCCAUGAAUUCGUAGACCAGCAGUCUGUGCUUCCCCUCGGCGCAGAAGCCCCACAUUUUUAGCAGGUUCAUGUGGUUUAUCCUCCCUAUAAAGGUGACCUCUGCCCAGAAUUCAGGCUCCCCCUGGGACACAACUUCCAGCCUCUUCACGGCCACCACCCUGUCGUCGGAGAGAACUCCUUUGAAGACGGUACCGAAGCCGCCCCUUCCGAUCUCCUCUCUGAAGUUGUGGGUCGCUAUCUUUAGCUCUGCGUAG